AUGACUUCUAUCUCUCAACAAGCACAAAUUCCCCUUCAGGUCACUAGCGUAUCGACCUCAUCUCCAUCCUACUCUUCCGCUGCAAAGAAGGCAGUCUCGUCGCCAUCUGCUGCGACGGGUUCUUCCCCUCACACCCCCAACGUGGCUGUAGGACAUUCUGGGCCGGUACAGCUCAAUCAUGGAAAAUCAGGUGCGAUUUUGCCUGCAAAUGGCAAGCCCUCGAUUUCUCCCGCUGUACCGGCAGUAUCUGCGCCAGCUAUAGCAUACAGUAGUUCAGUCGUUAGUUCUAUCCAUGACCGACAGUCCUCUGUCACUAUUAGAGCAAAUGGUCCAAAAACUAUGAACGGUGGCUCUGUCAGCAGUGCAAGUGGCAAGAUUCAGUUUGGAUCAAUAACUGACUCUCCAGCACCGUCACACAGUACGCCUCAAGUUUUUCAGCCUGCAGCUUCUGCAUCUAUAACCAUUCCUAACCCACGAGCUUCCGAACCAUCUCAUUCUCCUAGCCCUAUUCCUCAACCUUCAGCCAGCGGGGGCCGUCCUCCUGUAGUUGGACCAGGAAACGGAGUGAAUUUUGGUAGUUUUGGUGGCGACAGUGAUCGAUAUAUACACCAAGCGUCAAGGCCUCAAUUGCCUCUGGCACCUGGUACCCAACAACCUUGCCAUAAUCGUCGUGAUUCAUCACAGUCUGUGCAAUCCGAUCUUAGCAACCAACAAGGACGACCAGCGUAUCCACCAAAUGGUCGAGGACGAGGUAGUUUUCAGGCCCAGUAUCAGCAACAUCAGAUGAGUGGUUAUCCUCCGCCCAAUAACUCUUUCCGAAAUUCUCCAGGACAAGGCCGAGGUGGAAUCCCGCCUUUUCAAGGCCAAGGCAGACCGCAAUUUCACAGCUCUCCACACCAGGCUUCUCGUAGUCCUGCUCUUGCUAACGCUUCUAUCCCUGGCACACCAAAUAUGAAUCCAGCCAUGCCUAUGCAAAACCAGCAACAAUAUCCAGGACCUUACUUUCCCCAGCAUCUAGCUGGCCCUCAAUUUAAUUACCCUCACCAGUAUGACCCAAGAGGCAUUCCACUUCAAAAUCCUGCCUAUCUUUAUCCCCAAAUACAGAACAUGACAUACAUGCCAGGUCCACCCCAGUCUCCUCAACCAGGAUAUCAGCAACCUCACUACACUCCUGGUCAAUAUGCUCCACAGGCUCAACAAAUGUCGCGCAACUCUUCUCAAAUGUCAGAACAGCGGCCAGCAUCAAGUAUGGGUCAGCCACAGACACCCUCAAUACCCCCGGUAUCUCAUCCCCUAACCCCUCAAACAAAGUCAAUUCCUAAACCAGCUGCCUCUUUUACUCGGCCAGUGAGAAAAAGUGCGGCUAUAAUCAUAAAGCGUCCUGACGGAGAAGCUCUGGAUAUUGAAAGCUUUAAGACCCCCAUAUCUCCAGCAAUGGGAACCAGAGCAAGGACUCCCCCUGUUAUCACUUCUACCAUCACGACAUCUGCUGCAACAACCCCGACUCUCGCAACUCAUCAGAGUGCCAUCGUUGAAAACGCGGCCCCGAAGUCAUCCGAUCAGAUUAAACAAGAGAUAAUCGAAAAAGUCAAAAAGGUUGCGACGGAAGACAGUUUACCUAGCCCGAAAAAAGAUGAAAUACAAGUAACAAGUCAAUCUAAUGCAGGAAAAGACAGCGUCUCCAAAAAUUCGAUUGAUGAAGUUCAAGAAAAUAUCAAACCUCUUACCGAUGAUGAGAGCAAAGCGUUGAUGGAUAAGGCUAAGCAAGAUGAGGAAGAUGAACUCGAAAGGCAAAUAGCUGAAAUGGAAGCUGCCGAAGCCGAGCGGGAAAAGAAAGAGGCAGAGCACCUUCAAAAGAGAGAGGCUGAAAAAAAAGCGCUUGCCGAAGCUAACCAGAAAAAUGGUACGGAUGAAGAAGCCAGAAAACGUAGCGAUUUACUACUCAGAGAGCAAGAACGCGAGAUGGAACGUCUCGAAGAUGAAAGAGAAAAGAAGCGACUUGAAUCAGCAUCUAAAGUAACUGGAGCAAACAAGCCAGUAUCAGUUGUAGAGCUUUUAAAAUCUGAUUCAAAUAUGGAGGCACCCCAUCCUCUCACCGAAAGCGCUCCUUUGAUAAAGGAUGUGAACCCUAUUAUUUCUGUUGGAAGUAAUAUCUCAUCGACCGUUGCGGCCGAAUCUAUGGGCCCUCCACCCAAAGUCAAUUCAACGGACAAACGUGGAAAUAAGCCGACGGCCCUUAAUCUUACCCCGUUAAGCGGAAAACCUGUUGAACCCCCACAGCCCAGUGCGGCUCUCAAGUCCCUUAAGUCUGCUAGGUUUUUAACUGUCCUUGACCCUCUCAUUUAUCCUCCAUCGAUAAACUCGCCUAAUCCCGCACUCAACCAGGCGGUCAAAGACAAAGGCAAAAGCUUCAAAUAUGACAAGGAAUUUUUGCUUCAAUUCCAGAAAGUCUUCAUAGAAAAACCAUCGCUUGAAUUUGAAUCCCAAAUAAAAGCUCUCAUAGGCGAUGCUGACUCAGGAGCCAACAGAUCUGGAUCAUUCAGAGCUUCUGAUGGAAUGCAAACUAGGUCAGGCUCAAACCGCAACAGCACUCCAAGCUCUCAUGCUGCGAUGGGUUCGUUCAUAAAUACUGGCAAGUCUCUACCUCCUGGGACGACAUCAGAGCAAAGAUACGCAAUAUCUAGUAGCUCUAUAUCUCGACCUCAAAUGAAUGCCAUGUCAUCAUUUAAUCGCCCUCGUGGUGCUGGAUUCCCUGCCGGAAACACUAUGGCCCGCAAUCCAUCGAACUCUGGAAUGCCACACUCUCCAAGACAGCAGAGCAGGCGUGGGAACACUAGCAGCAAAGGUUACAAUCCAACAAAUGUAAAACAGGAAGCCCAAGCUGCCAAGACAAUGCCCUUAACUGCAGGUAUGGACGUUAAGCCUAUACAAAUCAGUUCUAGUGGUUGGAAGCCGCGAAGUAUUGGUAAUCCACAAACGAUAACUGGUGCCACGGGCCCAACUCCAGGAUCUAGUAGUCACGCCGGACUCAUGGACCCUGAAAUGGUUCAACGGAAAGUUAAGGCCGCCUUGAAUAAAAUGACACCUGAGAAGUUUGACAAGAUCGCUGAUCAGAUUCUUACUAUUGCAGCACAGUCCAAAUAUGAGGUUGAUGGCCGAACACUUCGUCAAGUCAUCCAGCUCACCUUCGAGAAGGCCACUGAUGAGGCGCAUUGGGCAUCUAUGUACGCAAAGUUUUGUAAACGUAUGUUAGAAACUAUGAGCUCAGACAUCAAGGAUGAGACUAUCUUGGACAAAAAUGGCAACGUGGUAUUUGGAGGAAAUCUCUUCCGUAAGUAUUUGUUGAACAGGUGCCAAGAAGAAUUUGAGCGUGGUUGGAAAGUGGUUCUUCCCGAAAAGCCUGAGGGUGAGCAAGGACAGGAAAAAACAGAAGAAGCAAUCAUGCUGUCAGAUGAAUAUUACAUCGCAGCUGCAGCGAAACGACGUGGUCUUGGUCUCGUGCAGUUUAUAGGCGAACUCUAUAAGCUGAGUAUGUUAACUGAACGUAUCAUGCACGAGUGUGUCAAGAAAUUAGUUGACUACACCGGUAUACCUGAUGAGGCCGAAAUUGAAUCCUUGACGAAGCUGCUAAAGACUAUCGGUUCUAACCUUGAUAGCACUGAAAAGGGUAAGCAAGUGAUGGAUGCCUAUUUCCAACGCAUUAAGGCUAUGGUUGAAACCCCAGACUUACCCAGCCGUCUUCGGUUCAUGUUAAUGGAUAUCAUGGAUCUGAGAAAAAAUAGAUGGGCCUCAAAGGAAUCGAACAAGGGUCCCAAAACUUUGGAAGAAGUUAGAGCUGAGGCAGAAGAAGAUGCGGCUCAAAAGGCUGCCGAGUCGGCUCGAGGGAAUCAGCGAGGUGGAGGUGGAGGAGGAGGAAGUCGAAUGCAAAUGGGACGAGGCGACUCGAGAAAUUUCUCAAAUAAUCACAACCAGCCGCCUCCAGAUUAUCAGAAAAAUCUUGUGGGAAUGGAUGAUCUUCGUCGUCUUACUAGUAAAAACACAAACCUACGGGCAUCGAGCCAGCAGCUAUCCUUUGGACCAACAUCGCUAUUUUCAUCGAGGAGUAAUAGCGCGCGGAAAAUGGGUGCAGGUGCUUCAUUCGCCAGAGCGGAAGAGUCUGGAGCAUCUUCUCGAACUGGAACCCCCCCUCAGCAAAAGGAAAAAGAAUCAGCUACAUCUAUCAAUACAUUUAGCCCACUUGCAGCAUUAGGUUCCGGCGAGGCAGAGAAUCCGGCUUCUCCACCUUCCACGUCUGUCUCUCCCGCUUUAUCCAAAAUAGCCACCGCAUCAGUUGAAAAGCCUGACAAAUAA